GGACCUCAACGGGCAAUCUAUUCAAUUGAUUGAGUAUUUCAAUGGCCUUCACUCUCAAAAACUCCAUAUUUCAUUAACACUGCCAUCGCAUUGCUCCAUCCGUUUACCACCUUGAUCACCACCUCGCCCUCCUCAAUGGCGCCGCUCAAAACGUUGCUCCUCUUCCUCGUCGUCCUUCUCCCCGUCGCCAACGCAUGCCAGCCUCCAAGAACACUCCACGUCCCGGUCUUCCACCGCGACGCGCUCUUCCCGCCACCGCCCGGCGCCAAGCGUGGCAGCCUCCUCCGCCAACGCCUCGCCGCCGACGCCGCGCGCUACGCGUCCCUUGUCGACGCGACCGGCCGCCUCCACUCACCCGUCUUCUCCGGGAUCCCCUUCGAGAGCGGCGAGUACUUCGCGCUCGUCGGCGUCGGCACACCGUCCACCAAGGCGAUGCUCGUCAUCGACACCGGCAGCGACCUCGUCUGGCUCCAGUGCAGCCCCUGCCGCCGCUGCUACGCCCAGAGGGGCCAGGUGUUCGACCCGCGCCGCUCGAGCACGUACCGCCGGGUCCCCUGCUCGUCACCGCAGUGCCGCGCGCUCCGGUUCCCCGGCUGCGACAGCGGCGGCGCCGCCGGAGGAGGCUGCAGGUACAUGGUAGCCUACGGCGACGGCUCCUCCAGCACCGGCGACCUCGCCACCGACAAGCUCGCGUUCGCCAACGACACGUACGUUAACAACGUCACGCUCGGGUGCGGCCGCGACAACGAGGGGCUGUUCGACUCGGCGGCCGGGCUGCUCGGCGUCGGCCGCGGCAAGAUAUCCAUCUCGACGCAGGUGGCGCCGGCGUACGGCAGCGUCUUCGAGUACUGCCUCGGCGACCGGACGUCGCGCUCAACGCGCAGCUCGUACCUCGUGUUCGGCCGCACGCCGGAGCCGCCGUCCACGGCGUUCACCGCCCUGCUGUCGAACCCGCGGCGCCCGAGCCUGUACUACGUGGACAUGGCCGGGUUCAGCGUCGGCGGCGAGAGGGUCACCGGGUUCUCGAACGCCAGCCUCGCGCUGGACACGGCGACGGGGCGGGGCGGCGUCGUCGUGGACUCCGGCACGGCCAUAUCCCGGUUCGCCAGGGACGCGUACGCGGCGCUGCGCGACGCCUUCGACGCGCGUGCGCGCGCGGCCGGGAUGCGGAGGCUGGCGGGCGAGCACUCGGUGUUCGACGCGUGCUACGACCUCCGCGGGAGGCCGGCGGCGAGCGCGCCGCUGAUCGUGCUGCACUUCGCCGGCGGCGCGGACAUGGCGCUGCCACCGGAGAACUACUUCCUCCCCGUGGACGGCGGGAGGCGGCGGGCGGCGUCGUACCGCCGCUGCCUGGGGUUCGAGGCGGCGGACGACGGGCUCAGCGUGAUCGGUAACGUGCAGCAGCAAGGAUUCCGGGUCGUGUUUGACGUGGAGAAGGAACGGAUCGGUUUCGCGCCAAAAGGUUGCACGUCUUGAUUCAACUUAAUACACUUCUUGAGUUAGCCUGAAGCACGUGUAAUUCUACUACAGUUAUCAAAUGUUGUUUCAGCUCGUACUUAAAUGUGUGAUUCCGAUGUAUUUUGGUACAUUUGUAAUGGUCUAAAAAUAUUUUGGGAUCUUUUCCCUUCCGUCGUGUUAAAUGUUAGACUACUAGGCAUUACAACACUACGUGGUUAUGGUGCUAUUAUCACGGUUAUCACGUACAAUAAUCUUUUCAGUUUUUGAAGCCACGCUAUACUGCACGUUUUUGAAGCCACGCUAUACUUCACGGUAACCGCACGGUUUUUACGGUAACCGUCAAACCAUGGACUAACGGUAACCUCAUCCUAAAUGGUUUGGUAAACACUAAAGGCCACACGCUAUAGACAAGGGGGCAUCCUCUCCAGGUUUAGAAUCCUCCCCCAUAAGAGUUCAUGUUAUUUUUUACCCAAAAAAACUUGCACAAUUUUUUUCUUUUAGCAAAUUCCCUUGCUGAUUUGGCACUUUGACAAUUGACACGAUCUAUCAUCUAUGGAGUUGGAGAAGCUGCGGCCACGAGGAGUCGAGGAGGCCCCCAUGCCAUGCGCCUCCCUAGCGGCUAUGGCCACGCCUCGAGCACCUGAUCGAGCUUCAUUUAGUUGAUCGAUCUGAAAAUUAACGAAACAAGAGCACAUUGUCUCUACAACUUCUUUUUUUUUUAAACACGGAUUGAUGAGUUAUCGAAAUGACGAAUGAAUCCCUGAUCGAAGCAUCUUUUCCCCGCAUUGUGCAGAUCGAAUUU